AUGGUGGGUGGUAAGGUGUGCUAUGGUGCUAUGUUGAUUGAUAUGAUUUGUUAUGGUGGAUGGUAUAAUGUGUUCAGGUGUUAUGGUGAUACAACAGUAUGUUACUCCGUGUUAUAUGACGUUUUGGAGAUGUUUCGAUAUUGUGGACGCAGCUCGCUCCUUGCUCUCUUGUUGCGAGCGAUUUUGAGUCUUAUUUACUGUGAGGAUAAGAUCCAUUGUUCCUUGAUGCUGGGUCUGCGCAUGCGCUUUGUGCCGUCUUUCAAGAAAUUCGCCCCCGUCAAAAAAAUUACAAAAUCUAAUUUCGAGAAACGCACCUUCUCUGUGCCGUUGUUAAUUAGGCAUAAUUUUUUUGAAAGUCUCCCCUUGAAAGAAAACGUGUCAUACGAAACACCAACACUCCCUCACCCAGCUUCAGACACACAGCCCCCCUCCGUGCUCUAUACACCGUGCUCCACACCCACCACCCACGGCACCCACGCUCCUCACCCGCCCACAACCCACCCGCCCCUCCAUACUCUCUACACCGCUCCUCACCCACCACCCACGGCACCCACGCUUCCUCACCCGCCCCACGACCCACCCGCCCCUCCAUACUCUCUACACCGUGCUCCUCACCCACCACCACGGCACCCACGCUUCCUCACCCGCCCCACGACCCCCGCCCUCCAUACUCUCUACACCGUGCUCCUCACCCACCACCACGGCACCCACGCUUCCUCACCGCCCCACGACCCACCCGCCCCCUCCAUACUCUCUACACCGUGCUCCUCACCCACCACCCACGGCACCACGCUUCCUCACCCGCCCCACCCCCACCCCCCCUCCAUACUCUCUACACCGUGCUCCUCACCCACCACCCACGGCACCCACGCUUCCUCACCCGCCCCACACCCACCCGCCCUCCAUACUCUCUACACGCUCCUCACCCACCACCCACGGCACCACGCUUCCUCACCCGCCCCACAACCCACCCGCCCUCCAUACUCUCUACACCGUGCUCCUCACCCACCACCCACGGCACCCACGCUUCCUCACCCGCCCCACACCCACCGCCCCUCCAUACUCUCUACACCGUGCUCCUCACCCACAACCCACGGCACCACGCUCCUCACCGCCCCACACCCACCCGCCCUCCAUACUCUCUACACCGUGCUCCUCACCCACAACCCACGGCACCCACGCAUCCUCACCCGCCCCACAACCCACCCGCCCCAUACUCUCCACCCGCUCCUCACCCACCACCCACGGCACCCACGCCUCACCCGCCCCACACCCACCCGCCCCUCCAUACUCUCUACACCGUGCUCCUCACCCACCACCCACGGCACCCACGCUUCCUCACCCGCCCACCCCACCCGCCCCUCCAUACUCUCUUACACCGUGCUCCACACCCACCACCCACGGCACCCACGCUUCCUCACCCGCCCCACGACCCACCCGCCCCUCCAUACUCUCUACACCGUGCUCCUCACCCACCACCCACGGCACCCACGCUUCCUCACCCGCCCCACGACCCACCCGCCGCCCAAAGUCUCCAGGGUUCACCACCAAAGCUAA